CAGAUUAUCUGGCCUUUGACUAAAGCUUGAAAAAGAAAUAAAUCUGCUUUCUGCAGGCAUGGCUCUAAUCUCUGUUUUUCUUUUCUUGUGGAUUUUGCUACAGCAAGAGCUACAGAUCUCAGCAGGGUCGUUGUUUUUGGAUGGACAGAAGGCAGAUACUGUUUUGCAGAGGAACAAACGUGCCAACACUGGGGCUUUUGAGGAGUUUUUGAAAGGGAAUUUGGAAAGAGAGUGCAUGGAGGAGAGGUGCAGCCUUGAAGAGGCUAGAGAAGUCUUUGAAGAUAAUGAAAAAACAAUGGAGUUUUGGUCAGGUUAUGUUGAAGGCAACCAGUGUAAAACAGCACCUUGUGAGAAUCAGGGCACAUGUGAGCUUGAAAAAGGCACAUAUGUAUGUCACUGCCAACCAGGAUUUACCGGACGGAACUGUGAAAUUGUGACUGCCAGGCAGUGUGAUCGCAAUAACGGAGGCUGCAUGCAUUUCUGUGCUCCAGCUGGCCCUAAUGGCGCACAGUGUUCUUGUGCUUUUGGGUACAAACUGGUGGGCGAGGUCAAGUGUGAGCCUGAAGUGAACUUUCCAUGUGGUGUAAGAAAAAUAGAAACAAAAAGCUUGGUGAGAUCUUUAGUCUCUGACACAGCAAACAGCACAGACCCAGACAACAUACCUGCAAGCACUAGAGCCCCCAUCACUAACAAAACCAUGAGCCAAGAAUAUACACAGGAUCAAAAGGUCUUACCCUCUCGGUCUAGACUACCAAUGUGGGUCCAUAACAAUUCAGAGCCAUUCAACUCAAGGAUCCGCAUUGUUGGUGGAAGCCCAGCAUCACCUGGAGACAUUCCUUGGCAGGUGGCACUGGUGGUGCGUUCCACACAGCAGGUGUUCUGUGGAGGCUCCAUUCUGAGUGAGCUGUGGAUCAUUACUGCGGCCCACUGUCUGGAGGAGAGCAAGGGCAUAGCUUAUUUCGUCAGAGUAGGUGAGAACAAUGUUAAAGAAAAAGAAGGAACAGAACAGGAUCUAGAGGUGGAAAAGACCAUAAUGCACCCUCGCUACGACCCCAAGACAAGCUUGUACAACCAUGAUAUCGCCCUCCUGCGCCUGAACAAGCCCAUCAAAUUCUCAGAUCACAUCCGGCCCAUCUGCAUUGGACCUAAACUCUUUAUUCAGUCCCUGCUUCACUCCGGCUCUCUGGCCACCAUCAGUGGCUGGGGUCGACUGCGCUUCGGUGGCCGGACUGCUGACACGCUCCAGGCAGUGGAAGUGCCGUAUGUGGACAGGAGCGAGUGUAAGGACAGCAGCAGUAAUCGCAUCACACAGGUCAUGUUCUGCGCUGGCUAUAAAGAUGCAACUAAGGAUUCAUGUCAGGGGGAUAGCGGAGGUCCCCAUGCUACGAAUUAUCUUAACACUUGGUUCUUAACUGGUAUUGUUAGCUGGGGAGAGGAAUGCGCCAAGAAGGAAAAGUAUGGUGUAUACACACGAGUAGGCAUCUACUACAAAUGGAUCCAGUAUGUGAUGGGAAUCACCAAAAAAGCACCAGUGAAUGACAUUGAUCUGUGAUUUGAGGAACUUUAUCUGUUUUAUGGAGACUUUUUAUAAUUUAUAUUGUUUAUAUUGUAGAUCAUUUUUUAUAUUGAUUCUUAUUAAUAAGGGACAACACCAUAAAUAUCGUGUUUAUAAAAAACGCUUCGAGUAGUUUUAUAAGAUGCUUCAUCAGGCUAAGAUAUAAAUUACAGCAACUUAACCUUGUUUUGCCAAUAAAUACAAUAAAUGGUAAUCUUAAUGGUAUUUUUAAAAUUACAAUAUAAUAAAUGACAUUUUUAAAAACUA